AUGGACUCUAUCAAAGAAAAAAUUCGCGAGCUUCAAGCCGAAACUGACAAAGCCAUUGCCAAAGCUGAUGAUUUAGAAAGUAGAGCCAGGGACCUCGAGUACGAAAUUGAAAUCAAGGAAUUAACUAUUGUGUCUUUGGAAAGACACCUCGAAAAAUCUAAUGAAGAUAUUAACGAGUUCUCCGUUUUUUUUACUAAUCAAUCAGCUUGCUUUGAUGAGUACCGGGCCGAUGCAGACGAGGCUGCACGCAAGAUUACUGCUCUACAACUUGAACUUCAGGAUAAGGAAGAAAAGUUUAUUGCUUGCCGGGCAGAAUUGGAUAAACUAACUCACCGGUCUGAUAAGCUGCAAUAG